AUGAUUUCAAUUUUUACUAAAAAUAAACUUAUUUCCCAAUCCAAGAUGAAACUGCUACUUCCCUAGAAAAAUAUUUCUUAUUCAAUGGUCUAAUCGCUUGCUAAACUGCUUAUAUUUUCGAUUCUUCUAAAUAAUCUACUUGCUUAUGGCUAAUCCAUGAAUGGUAAUGAUCUAGAAUUUAAUAAUAACACAUUGACAAAUAGAAUUAACGGAAAUCAAGAAAACUUUAACUAUGCAUUAGAAAGAAAUUUGUAAUCCUCAUUAACUUCAAAUACGUCCUAUUGUUUACUUGACUGUCAAACUAGCUAUUUAAAGUUUUGUGUUAAAUCUGACUCGUCUGGCUAUUGUUGCAGCAGUAUCGUUAAUAUACUUUGCCCAAGUUCAUCAUAUUGCAAUAAGGAUACAACUCUUAGUACAUUGAAAAAAUGGGUUUGUCCCUAAGGAUCACAGUGCUCUUUGCAAUCAGCUACCAUUAUCCCUUCAUUAUCAGCCAGUUUAGUCGCUGUAACUUAAUCGAUUGGUGUAUCCCAAUACAAUUUCUGCAAGUACUUAAUCGAAUUCCCCACUGGCUAUGCAAUAGACUCUAUUUCAUAUAUUCAACUAACAAUAUCAAGUUUUUCUGGGGGAACAGGAUAAUACGCUAUCACUAACAAUUUCAAGGGGGACAAUGCAACUUAAAAGACAUUUACUGCUGGGACUACUAUUAAAGUAUAUUAUCCUUAGAAGCUCUAUUUCUAUUUUGAAAACUCAUAGACUUCAUCAAUGAAGUUUAGUUUUUCUUAUUUCUUUUAUGGGAACGCUGUUUAAACAGUAGCAACAACUACUACUCAAACUACAACAACUACCACUACUAAGACAACUACAACCUAAGCUCCUGUUACUACGAAAUCCACAACCUCUACUAUAACUUAAACUACUACAUCAGCCCCUACUAAAGCACCCAAUCCUUAAUAGAUUACAAGUGAGGCAAAUAAAAAUUCAACUUUGAACAAUUAGAAAUUGAAUUAAGCAGUAUCUGAAGAUGAUGAUAAAAAGAAGAAAACUAUAUUGAUGGCAGUACUAAUUCCAGUCUGUAUUAUCUUUCUAAUUAUUGGAUUAGUAGUUUUAUGUUGUUACAAAUGUGGGAAUAAAAGCAAUAAAACUGGUUUUAAAAAUAGAAUUUAGAGUGAAACAAUAAAUACUUCCACAAAGAUUUUAAAAGAUAAUGAUGACUAUACAAUAAUGAAUGAUUAAACUAUGUUGAAAUAAGAUAUAAAUUCUCCUUAAAAAUAUGUAAAUACUAAUGAAAAAACAUAAAAACAGAGUAAAAAGCAUUUUACAGAAGGAAAGUAAUUGGAUAAUUUAUCAGGAUCGUAUAAAGAUGAAGGCCUUUAAAAUAAUACUUAUGAUCCAACUAAAGAUAUAGAUCCUAUAAUGUUACUAGAAAACCCUUCAGCUCCAAAACCGAUGAAUAAAAUGAAGAAUGAAUUCGAAGAUGCAAUGCUCAAGAAAUUAAUGGCCAGAGCUGCAUAAAUAAAAAGAGAUGAGAAAUUAGCUGAAGAAAACAAGUAUGAUUCUUUACCAAAUGAAUUAAACCCAGAAUAUCUUUCAAAAAUACACCAAAGAGGAGAUAACAUGAUAGAUUUUGAAAAACUGGCUCCUCAAUAGUAGCCUCAGGCUAUCAACUUUAUUUUGCAAACACCUUAUCUUCCUUAGCCAAUGAAUAAAAUCACAAAAAAUAAUGAAUCUGAUAAAAAUAGUAUUAACUCUCUUCUUGGAGGUACAUAAAUAGAUUUUGAAUUCGAUCAAUAAUCACCAUAGGAAAUUUAGUAUUAACUAUUAACUUCUGUUAGAACUUCACAGAAUACUUAAAAUUAGCCAAUUAAUCAGUUAUACUAAACAUAAACACCUUCUACUUUGGCCACUUAAAGAAUUAAGCCAUCUCAAGGCUUUAAUUUAUUAGUAUAAAAUCUUAAAACUCCAUCAAGAACUUCUCAAGUAGAAAAUUUGCAUAUUUAAGAUACUAAUGAUUACGGAGGACAAAAUCUUUAGCUAGUAGCAUUAAUUCAAGAAUUUCAGCCUUAAAACUAUCAUUAAACAACCAACUUAUUGCCAACUCAAAAGGAUUAAAAUGCUGACUUUAGCUUUGAAUCAGCUGAUAAGCACGAUUAAAGUUUGGACGAUUCAAUAUUAGAUUUUAAGGAAGCAGAAGUAAUUGUUAAAGAUAAGUCCAAAGUCAAGAAUGAUUCCAAUACAUAUUAAUAAAGAGAGGAGGCUAAAGGUAAAAUGAAAACUCGGCUGACUUAGUUGCAAAAUGAAUAGGAUGAUACGCAAUUAUCAAUUGGAGCGAAUAUUACUAAUAAGACAACAUAAGAUUACAGAUAUAAUAACAAAUAAAACCUUCUUGGCUAAAAUGAGGAAUAAAAAUAGUCUUCAAGUGCUUUUGAUUUGCAGCAAACUGAUUUCAACGGAUCUUAAAUUAUUUAGCACAAUAGGAAUAAUACAUAGUUUUCAAGCAAUAAUAAAUCUAAGAAUUCUAAGAUAGUUUAUGUUAAUGAAGAAGGACUGAUGAAUAUGGAUCAAGAGUAUAAAAUGAGAUAAACUCAGAACUCUUUAAAGUUUUCUACCCAAUCGAAGUUUAAUUUAGAAGAUUAGUAGCCUCAUCAAGAAAAAAAGCGAGGGUUAAAGAAUAUAAUGAAUGAUGAACUUUCAGAUGGUAUUUCACUAUCUAAUCAUUCAAUUGAAGUUGAAAACGUUAACAAAGAAAUUUCCCUCGAGUAAGCUUAAAAGCUUUGA